GUACAUACAAUCAGCGAAAGGGAGACAAGAGUGAAGAAAUUUGAAGAAUCUUAGCCAUAAAUCAAAUUUCGAAUUCUUUUGGUGCUAGCCUUUUCCUCGCUUAAGGGAAUCCUGGAGUUGUUUGGUUUACCAUGAACUUUAUUCCAAUUCUUUUUGGCUGCAUAGAACAACAACAAAUCCUAGGUUUUCUUUUUUUUAAGUUUCCUUUGGACGUCAGCUCUCAGCAGAUAAAAAAGAAUAAUAAUAAAGAAAAGCCACCUACGAUCCUCGAAUUUUCCAUAAUCGACGUUUGUAGAAGCGCGCGUUAUCUAGAAAUCUGAUGACACCGUUUUAUCCUUAUCUGCUUUUCUGUGAGCAAUUAUGCGAUGAUACACUGUUGUAGGGAUUUCAAUAAAGCUUCGAACGUUGUACCGCGUGGUGUGAUCCAUUGUAUUUCUGUGUGUUAAAACUGAUCGAGUGGAACCGGAAAUUAUUUUUCGAUAAUGAUACUUGUUCGAAUUAGCUAUCUAGCUAUCUGCCGUUACAUAUUAUUAUAAGCGUCUGGACACGUCGACGCCGCGACAGUCAUUAGCGGAGUUUCGUAGUAGUCUCAAAUCCGACACCAGCCUGUCGCUGUCAUCAUGACGAAUUCCAGAAGAACGUCGCAGGCGAGGAGGGUUUCUCUCGGAGUUGGCGGGGCCUUGGUGGAACGUCCAGCUGAGCCGGAGCGAGGCAGCUGGUCCAACCAGAUCGAGUUUGUUCUAUCCUGCAUCGGAUACGCUGUCGGCAUCGGCAACGUCUGGCGGUUCCCUCUUUUCAUAUAUCGCAAUGGCGGCGGAGCCUUUUUAAUACCAUUCAUAUGUAUGUUAAUUACAAUGGGCCUGCCGAUAUUCUUCCUCGAACUCUGUAUAGGCCAAUAUACUGGGUUGGGACCUAUAAAAGCUUUUAGUCGCAUGGCACCGGGUUUUCACGGUCUCGGUUAUUGUACCUUGGUGGUGAUUCUGUUCGUGCUGAUAUACUACAUGAUAAUAGUCACAUGGACUUUAUUCUAUACUUUCGCUUCCUUCUCCAAAAAACUCGCCUGGGCGUACUGCGAUAACAGUUUCAACACGGAGAAUUGUUACAGUGGCCUCGAAGAUGUGAAAUGUAAGGAAAUUUCUGAGUGGAAUAUGUUUUAUAAUAGAAGCUGCAUCGCUAUCCAAGACUUUUGUAAUAAAUACGGUUACGAUGAUCAUAACAGUACCCACUGUUUUCGGGCUGACGAGGUCAAACCUUUCGCUGAAAUAUAUAAUAGAACAUUGUCGUCCGAGGAAUAUUUCAGAGAUUACGUACUUGGUUUACGCGGUGCUACAUGGGAAAACUUCGGAAGUAUACGAUGGGAAUUGUUUGGCUGUCUCACUCUGGCCUGGGCCGUCUGCUUCGUCUGUCUGGUCCGCGGUAUUCAAACCAUCGGCAAAGUCGUCUAUUUUACCGCGCUCUUCCCUUACUUCGUUCUCGUAGCUCUGUUAAUAAGAGGUGUUACAUUGGAGGGUGCCGAAGAAGGCAUCAAAUGGUUCAUUUACCCAAAGUUUGAGACACUACAGGGCGCUAACGUGUGGGCGGAUGCUGCAUCGCAGAUCUUUUAUUCACUCGGCAUCGCCUGCGGGUCUUUGGUCACUCUCGCGAGUUACAGCAACUUCAGCAACAAUUGCCACAGAGACGCUAUUUUUGUCACUCUGACGAAUUUAUUCACAUCCGUUUUCGCCGGCUUUGUCAUAUUCUCCGUGCUUGGAUUCUUGGCCCAGCGGAUGCAAGUGCCGAUCGACAAGGUGGUCCAGAGCGCGGAGGGAUUAGCUUUUAUCGUUUAUCCGGAGGCGGUGGCGCGCAUGCCGCUGCCGAAUCUCUGGGCUGUUCUAUUCUUCUUUAUGCUCUUCAUACUCGGUCUCGGCAGUCAAUUUGCAGGCGUGCAAGCGAUAAACACCGCUAUACUGGACAGGCGUCCGGAUUUGCGAAAAUACGAGGGUUUCGUGAUAUUGGGUAUAUGCGUCGUCUGCUGGCUCCUAGCGAUUCCGAUGGUAUUCGACGGCGGUAUCUACCUGUUCAAACUGAUGGACUGGCAUACUGCCUCCUGGGCGAUCCUAUUGAUCGGUUUUGCAGAGGUCAUUGUGGCUUCCUGGUUCUACGGAUGCAACAGAUUUUUGGGUAAUCUGGCUGAAAUGAAAAUGGGCUUCGGUUCAAUCCUUUAUAAAUAUUGGUGGGUCAGCUGGGUUAUUCUCGCUCCAGUCACUUGCCUGGGAGUCUUUGGAUAUCAACUAGAUCAAACCGACUUUCGGGGGAGUUACGGCACGUAUACGUUUCCUAUCUGGGCGAGCAUAAUUGGUAUUGGAAUUGGAUUGGCGACGUUGCUGCCGUUCCCGGUCUUCUUCGUUCUACAAUGGUGGAAAGCGGAGAGCUUUUUGAGUCUUUUCCGUCCGUCGCCAUUAUGGGGACCAGUUAAGAAGACAGAUGUCCAAGACAAUGACAGUGUCAGUGUCAGCACCGCGGUGGUCAAUCCGGCGUUCGCUUCUUAGGAAAAAGUAUAAAUUGAACGUUCCUGUACAGAUAAAAUCUAAGAUUUGAAGGAAGUCCUGAAACACACAGGGUGAUUUCCAAUACAGCUGUGGGCAGAUAAUUUCAGUUUAGCACGUAAAAAUACCUAGAAAAAGCUUAUAUAUCCGUGGAUUGAUUGCUCACUUGCAGUGAAUAUUCAAAUUCACCAUUUUAUAAUUAAACAAGUCUUAACAAUGACACACUUUUCUCGAAAGAUCUAUAUUCAUAGGACAAGAAGUGUAACAGAACAUUGCAUUAUUGUAAUAAAAUGAAUAAAUUGUGCGAGUUACCUCGGCUAGAUUUAA